AUGCCGUGUUAUACAUCCACGGGAAUGACAGGGAUAUGUGCCACGUCUCCGACACCCGCAACCCUCCCACUCGAUGCGCUGCAACGUAUCAGUAGCUUGCGGCAGUCACUCAGUAGUGUUGUCGCGUCACAAGCGCCUUCACUGGACCGCCCCGAUACGCUCAGCUUACAUCUACUACAGAAUAGUGGCGUGUCCAAGGAGAGUACAGUCAUGUUUUUGCUCACCUCGUCCCAGCGGCGGAUGAAGGAGCUUCUGAAUGAGAACCACAGACUUGAACUCCUCUGCAUUAAGCAGGAAGACACCAUCAAGGAAAUACGAGCUGAGAUGUCGAUAAACAAGAGGCAUCAACAUGCAACUGUUGCGGAUGAUGUGGUCGCCGAAAAGCCUGCCACAAGUUGCGUUCGGUCCACUCCCUUUGGAGCUCGCCGAAUGGGUUUGAGGGAUAGAACAGACCGCGGAUCUAAGAAUGAAGAGCUUGAAAGCCCAGGAAGUUUCAUUGGGGCGUUCCGGAGUUCAUCUAUCGCUGCAGAGUUGGAUGAUGUGGUACAGCAACUUGUGAGUACCGCCAUCGCAUUGUUUCCAGAGCUGGAGGUACGUAUGGAGUCCGCCUGUCACAAUGGCGCUGACGAGUGGAGCACCGCUCGCGACAUACUUUACUUCAUUGAAAGCCACCUUGAAGAGUGGAGCGGCUGCGCAUCUCGAGAAAAUGUUAGCUUUAGGGAGACAAGCAUGUUGCUGUCACGGGUCCUUACAUGUAUAGACACGGACCAGCGGGAGUGGUGUGAGUGUCUUUUCGACAUCGCGUAUAGACUUCAGGCGGCUUGGAGGGGACAAAAGCACGCUAUGGAAAGGAGGGAUGCCCUCAUCUGCAAGCUCGAGGACGAUGUCAAGUCGCUCGCCACGGAGUUAUCUGAUGCGGUGGAGGUGCGCAUGCAAUGUGAGUGUCGGUGCGCGGAGUUGGAGGAGACACUUUCACGUAUGAUGGAUAAACGUGCAGUACACGAUGGCAGUGUGCAAAGCUUGCAAGAAGAGCGUAGAAUAGUGCGUGAUGAGGCCAAUUCUCCCUUGGCGUUAGCUGACCAGGAGGGUAUCACCGUUAUCGAGGCCUCUGGCGUAAAGCGGGACGUGCCGGGAAUGAGCGAUGGGACCAUGCCCAAGAUGUCUGAGGAUUCCCUCCGGAGAGCUGUAGUGGAGCACGAUGCGGAAGCGCUGCGACUCUCGUUGGAUCGCAUCACCAAGGAGCGGGAUGAGCUGCGGGCGCAGCUCAGAGUAGUGAAUGAUGCGUUAGAUGAAGCGGAGCUGCGUGUGAAAGUUGUGGGGACGGAGCGGGAGAUGCUUCAAUCUGAAGUGGGAGAGUUAAAGUAUUGCGGUGGCAUGCUAACAGUCGGCUCCACGGCUGCGCCACAGCCAUCGCUAAGCUCGACAAGUGAAGCAAUGAGGCCGUGGUGCGGACCACUUCUUUCCCGUGGCUGUGACCAUGAUCUCGCUGAAGGUGGUGAUGCUGCUUCGAAUGUUUCUAUUACCGGUCUCUUACACGUGAUUAGCGAUACAACCGUUGAUAUUUUCUCGGUGGCGCAUGAGCAUAGUAGUUUGAGGUCUCCAGGGCUGCUUUUCCACGUUGGCUGCGCCAUUGCUCUGGACUCUGGGGCCUUCAACAACAUGCCAAAACCGGAUUUAUCCUUAACUGCGUGGAAGCGACUACUGCUUCACUUUCAGAAUGGGUUUGUGGAUGUCCCCUUCCAUAACGCCGAUCGUGCAGCGGACAGUUUGCAGUUCUUCUAUAGUCUUCUGUUCCAUUCGGGAAUGGUGGAGCACAUGGCUGAUGUGGAAAUCAUUGCUUCCAUUACGUCUGCAUUAUGUGCUAUGUACGUUUAUGUCACUCCUUCAAGUGAGGGGUGCAGGUCAUUAGAUGUUUACUCGAACAGUUGUGCUGGUGGCAGCUCGGAUUCUUGUGAACCUCUGCUACUGGAACAUAGCUGUAGUUAUGAAACCAUCUGUCGGCUGAUGGAGCGCAGCCGGUUUGACUUCGCGGCGCUUUGGGAAGCGGAGGAUCGUGCACUUCUUUUCCAGACGAUGAAGGCCCUUCUGCUACCACAGGUGUCGUUGUACCAACUGGAGAGUCUCAUGUACACUAGUGGAAUUGAGGCGGUCAGCAACAUUUCUUCACGACUGCAUGACCCACCGGUUCGCCAUCAGCUCAUUCGGUUGCUCGUUGCACUUGCCCACCAUGCCUUUACUAUGCGCAGUGCUUCCGUGAACAAGUACUGGGCAAAUGAGAGGUUUAGUUUAUACCAACACCAGAUGCGCUUCAGAAAUGAGUUUGGCGAGGAGAGUAUUGAGGUUCCAUACAAUAUGAGAGCGGUUGCGGAAGCGCAGUUGUUGUUGAUCAGUACUACUGUACUUCCACUGUGCGAAGCUGUGGUUGGUGUGUUUCCUAGAUUGCAACCGUGCUUAGUAGCUCUUCGAGGGAAUUUGCACAUGUGGACAUUAUGUGGAUCUAACGGCGGCAGCACGUCUCCCUCCUCCAUCGCAUCAGUCCUUGAGCAGGUGACAACACCCUCAACAUCCGAAGAGAAACUUCCGCCCGGUGCCGCCAAUUUCAAGCUUGUUUCAUCGGAGGAAAUAAAGCGUGGCUCCCUUGUGGUGGAUACCGGUGGAUUCAUAUCAAUGCAGGAGGAGAUAUCGGCUCUUUACAAGGAGAAUGCAGUGCUCCGUGACAUGCUGCAGAAACUUUUUCAUGAGAUGGAUUCGGCCCGACAACAUGUGAGGGUCGUGGGGGAUGAAUAA